AGGUCUCCCAUCAGGUUGGUCAGGUCCUUUCUUGGACACUUCUACGUUCGACCUCAGUCUCCCAUAAAACUCGUCUUAUCGUCUUCAUUGUUAUCAUUGGUGUGUGCAUAGAACUGGAUAGUAUUCAUUAUGAUUUCCACCUUCGUUUUGAUGGAUGAUUUGAUGACCAUGGAUCCAUGAGAUUUCCAUCCUAUAAGUGCAUCACUUUCUUCUUUGGACAGCAUCAAAGCAACUCUGUGUGUGGAGCAUUUCCUUCUUCGUGACCAGAGUACAGCAGCAUCUAUCCUGAAUCUAAUUUUUUCUGUCCAGCUUGGGUCCAAUGGGUUUCUCUGAUUCCGAGCGCUGUCGAGUUGUUUCACCUCGUUUCCGUUGCUAUUUGAUUGAUCCCCCGGUCUCCCACAUUUUUCGAACAUUCCAUGUUCCUGUAUUAAUUGUUUUUCUUGUUGUUAGGAGGGACAUUGGCCUCAUGACUUCGGCAGAAUGGGAGCUUUCAGCACGAAGCACCAUAAUUCUUCAGGAUGAAGGUCCUUUAAUUCCCGAGGCAGAGUUUACAUGGUUUAAAUUGUUUAUUUUGGUUCGAGUUGUUUUAGCAAGGUUGUUGUUUAAGGGAUGGCGUUACUGGCCACAUCAUUCUUUACCCGGGCUUGGGACCGGCAGUAACCCUAGUAGAGCUAUAGGUGGAGUUAACUGAAUAGGUGACAAAGGUUUAUUUGAAAUGGUAUUUUGAAGAAAUACUAGGUAUUAAUCAG